CUCUGACCUGAUUGUAUGUAUAUAUUUUUGCAUUUAUUCAGUGGUCCCCGUGAAGAUGCAACUAGAAUUGGUUCUGCUGGAGUUGUGAGGAGACAGGCUGUGGAUAUCUCACCCCUCCGACGUGUUAAUCAGGCUAUCUAUCUUCUAACAACCGGUGCUCGUGAAGCUGCUUUCAGGAAUAUCAAGACCAUUGCUGAAUGCUUGGCUGAUGAGCUUAUUAAUGCAGCAAAGGGUUCAUCCAACAGUUAUGCCAUCAAGAAAAAGGAUGAGAUUGAAAGAGUUGCCAAGGCUAAUCGUUAAGCUGUCUGUAGAAGCAGUAUUGGUGACCGGAAAGAUUUUGUUUCUAUCUUUGUACUUCAUUUAUUUAAAUUUCGAAUAUUGUGUAAUACUUUCAAUGGCUUUAGUUAAUUUUUAGUUUGCUUAAGGAUUUACAUGAACGAUUUUGUUGCUUGGACGUAAAUUUAUAUUCCAAGACCCCGAGUUUAGCACUAUCCUGCUUCAUAAAUUGCUGUGAUGAUUCAACUGCU